GCCCAACUCCACUAGGAGUUGGGAACUUGGGAAUACCCCGGGCCGAUGACAACGAUCAACAACAUGAAAUGCCGAGGCUGGCCCGGGCGAUGUGAUCCCCGACGCUCCCUUCAUUAUUCGCCCCCUACAUCACAUACCUAGGUGACAUACACAACGACGAUGUCACGGGUUCUUUUCAAGCGGUUCCCUCAGAGGGUCCUCCUUCGUGCUCAAUUCACACACGGUGCUCGGAGCUAUGCCUCGACAUCACCGGCGUCGCAGUUCGACUGGCAGGACCCGCUCGGUUCUAAGAAUCUCCUGACUGAAGAGGAGCUCGCCAUCUCCGAGACCGCUGAGCGUUAUUGUCAGGGACACUUACUGCCGCGGGUGCUUCAGGCAUACCGGGAUGAGCACUAUGAUCCCAAGAUCCUUGAGGAGAUGGGCGAACUGGGACUAUUGGGCGCCACCAUCAACGGAUAUGGCUGUGCCGGCGUCUCGACUGUUGCUGGCGCUCUGAUCACCCGCGCUGUGGAGCGCGUUGACAGCGGUUACCGAAGCAGCAUGUCAGUCCAGUCAUCGCUGGCCAUGGGUGCCAUCCACGACUUUGGCUCACCUGAGCAGAAGGAGAAGUAUCUCCCGGAGAUGGCCAAGGGCAAGAUCAUCGGCGCCUUCGGCUUGACCGAGCCCAACCAUGGCAGUGAUCCAGGCUCAAUGGAAGCUGUGGCACGCGAGCACCCCCAGAAAAAGGGAUACUACCUCCUCAAGGGGUCCAAGACUUGGAUCACGAACUCACCCAUCGCGAAUGUGCUGGUUGUGUGGGCGAAGCUGCAAGAAACGGGCAAAAUCCGCGGCUUCCUCGUCGACAGGAAGGAGUGCCCUCCGGGGACACUGGAGACGCCUGCCAUCAAGAACAAGACCGGGCUGCGUGCGUCGAUAACCGGCAUGAUCCACCUCGAGGACUGUCCCGUCCCAACGGAGAACAUGUUCCCCGAGAUCGAGGGUCUUAAGGGGCCAUUCGCCUGUCUGAACAGCGCCCGCUAUGGCAUCGCCCUUGGUGUCAUGGGGGCUCUCGAGGAUUGCAUCGAUCGGGCACGGACGUACGCCCUUGAGCGGAAGCAGUUCAAGGGAAACCCUCUGGCCAAGUACCAGCUUGUGCAGAAGAAGUUGGCGGACGCGGCCACCGAUGCCGCCUAUGGCACUCUGGCCGCGAUCCAAGUCGGCCGGCUGAAGGAUGAAAGGAAGGCGACCCCUGAGAUGAUCAGUAUGAUCAAACGUCAGAACUGCGACAGAGCCCUCCACAAUGCGAGAGUGUUGCAGGAGAUAUUUGGCGGAAACGCCGUCAGCGACGAAUACAUGGUCGGCCGUCAUGUUGCCAACCUUUACGUGACCCAAACGUACGAGGGCCAGAGUGACAUCCACAGUCUCAUUCUGGGGAGGGCCAUCACCGGGAUUCAAGCGUUUGUAUAGUUAGGCGUCGGGCUCUCUGGAAGAGCUGGGGGAACGCUGAUUGCACAGCGCCGGUCAUCUCUCUGGUCGACGUCCCUGCAUUGGGUCUUCACUCCGUCGUCGGGAGAGGCACGCUCAUGGGGAGGGGCAGCGGGGUUGGCCAUGAGGGUGCUGAUGAUCCCUCUCACAGUCUCCACGCAACCUCGUUGACGCUCCUACUUAAACCCCAAGCACGACGUGUCGAGGAGUACGUGUACCAUUACCUGUGAUGAUCAGCGAUUUUGCAGCAAUGUGUAAACAGGCUCAGGCCGCAAAACCAGUGGGGCUUCCGACGUGGAUUCAAUGCGGGUACCUAUUAUUUCCAUGUUUGUAACCAUACAUACAACGCCGUCAAUUUUGAUUUGAUGUGGUCGCCCGUAAUAUAGCGUCGCGUGAGCAAACGAGACAUCCGUAGCUGGAGCAAU